AUGGCCACACUCCUUUGGACACGCACAAGCUGCCUACGCGCAGUCAACACCCCCGGGAAAGGCCUUUUCGCGCCCGCGCUCUUCACAGCGACUUUCACGACAGCCACACAAGUAUCUAAACAGCCACGAUUCACACCCAAUGCAUCGCCCUCACAGUUGCCGACGCACCAGCUUCCCUCAACGCGAAUAGGACUCCGCUGUGCGUCAACAUCUCCAGCCACGGACUCUGAGGCGUCAGUACCAGAGCACAUCCUUACCUGGAAUCGCUUCUUCGAUCUGCGCAAGAAGCGCCGAUGGAUCAACCUGGGUUGCUCCGGCAUUACAGCAUUCACAGCAAUCAGCCUGGUCACACCUAUCCUCGCAGCCCAAGACUUGGAUUCCUGGGGUGCGCAAAUAUCAGGACUGGAUCCGAUCAUUGUACUGGGGAUUUCAACAGCUGCGGUCGCGGCAGGAGGAUGGUUGUGCGGGCCCAGCUUUGGUAGCGCAAUGUUCAGCAUGUGGGCCGCGAGGAGGGGCUGGAACAAAUUGAUUGCUGAGAAAGAGAAAAGCUUCUAUGCGCGAAUCAAGCGUUAUCGAGCAGACCCCUCGGCAUCGAGCCCGCAGAACCCGAUUCCUGAUUACUACGGCGAAAAGAUCUCGAGCGUGAAGGACUACAGGAGAUGGUUGAAAGAUCAGAAAGCUUUCAACUUGAAGAAGGACAAGGCGAUGCUAUGA